AUGGAUGAACUAGAUCGUGCCAUCAAGGAAGCGAGCGACAAGUUACACUCCAUGCCGCAGGGCGAACUUGACCAUGCUCUGUUACGAGAUCUUGCAACUCACCUCAGUCUCCAAUUUCAACGCCAGGGAUCCAUUGAUGACUUGAACCGAGCUAUUGAAGUUGCAACAAGAGCAGUUGACGCUUUGCCCCAAGACCACCCCGAUGUUGUGACCAAUUGCAUCAACCUGGGAAGCUUUUUUGAUAUGCGAUUUGACCAAACAGGAUCAAUGGACGACUUGAAUCAUGCUAUCGACUUUGCUACUAAAGGAGUGAAUGGUUUAUCCCCAAACGACCCCAAACGCCCUAUUUCUUUGAGCAACCUUGGAUAUAGCCUCGGGAAACGGUUUGAGCAGACGGGACAGGAAAACGACUUCGAGACCGCUAUUGAUCUUACCACUCAGGCGGUCGACAUCAUGCCUCGAAACUAUGCUCACAACACGCUUUGUUUAAGCAAUGCCGCACACUGUCUCGGUAGACAAUUUGAAGGGACAGAAUCAAUGGACGAUCUCAGUUGCGCCAUCAAAUUUGCAAGCAGAGCGGUGGAUGAAAUGCCGCCAAGUUAUCCAACUCGGGCUGCACACUUUGGUUAUGCGAGUCGCUUGAACACCCUUUCCGUCUUGCUUGGUAUCCGAUAUGAGCACCAGGGAUCCGGUGAUGACUUAGACCGAUCAGUCGAGGCUGCCUCCCAAGCAGUCAAAGUUGUGUCACUGGACCACAGGGACCGGGCUCCCUACCUACAUAAUCUCUCAAGUCGCCUCGGCAUUCGAUUCGAAAGAACAGGUUUGCUCGACGAUUUGAAUCAUGCGAUUGAUUUUGCUGAAGAUGCAAUACGCAUUAUGCCUGCGGACGAAUGGAGGUAUAUGGGCUAUUUGAACGAUCUUGGGCGCCUGUUGACUGCGCGUUUCCAUCGGACGGGUUCACUGAAGGACUUGAAUGACGCUAUCGAGGCCACGCUCAAGGCAGUUAAAUUAGCUCCGAGGGACCACCCAGAUUUCGCAGGCUUUUUAAACGACCUUGGAGGCUUAUUUAGUAUGCGAUUCGAGCGGAAUGGGUUAUUGGAUGACUUGAACCGCGUGAUCGAGCUGGCCUACCAGGCGGUAGACGCCGCAACCCAAGACGAUCCAGAUUAUUGGAGCUAUCUGAGGAACCUUGGAAAUUCCCUUGGAAAGCGAUUCAAGCAAACUGGAUUGGCGGAUGACUUGGAUCGUCAGAUCUCGUCCUACACUGCAGGUUGGCAUUGCACAUCUGCUCCACCGCAUAUUCGUAUUCCACAUGCUCAGGCCGCCGCCAACCUCCUCGUACAGCAGCAAAAAUGGGAAGAAGCCAGUCAGCUCCUGCAUGAAGUCUCGCUCCUCCCCAUGAUGAGCCCGCGGUCACUGGCAUACAUGGAUAUGCAGGGUUUGCAUGUUGACGUUCCAGGCUUGGCUUCAACAGCGGCAGCCGUUGCCUUGAGCGCUGGGAAGAGCCCCGAAGACGCCUUACAGCUCCUCGAGCUUGGCCAUGGCGUCAUCGCUGGUCUAUUGAUGGAUAUGAGAAGAGACAUUUCUGAUCUCAAGCUAAAGGAACCCGAGCUCGCAGAGAGAUUCAUUUCGCUCCGGGAAACGCUCGAUUCAUGCACAGAAAGCUCGACGCCUUUGCCUUCUGAAGAUGUGUUGUUUCGGGAAUCACGGCAGAAACGGCGCCGUGAAGCAGACCGAGAAUUCAUCAUGCUCGUGGAGAAGAUUCGUGAUCAGCCUGGAUACCACCAUUUUCUCAAACCUGCAACUGUUGAAGAUCUCAUGGCUGCGGCGACUCCAGGCCCGAUUGUUGUUAUCAACACAGGCUCUCACCGCUGUGACGCGUUUCUGAUAGAGAAGAACCAUAUCAGGGUGAUUGAAUUGCCUCAUCUGACAUUAGAUGAGGUAACGAAACGAUCGGUCAAUUUACAAGACACUUCCCAAAUGGCGUUCUUACUGGAAUGGCUAUGGGAGGCUGUUUGCUCUCCCUGCUUAGAUGAACUAGGAUUUACGGACCUGGUCUCCGAUGACAAUUGGCCACAUGUGUGGUGGAUUCCUACUGGAACUCUUAGUCGGUUUCCGCUGCAUGCUGCUGGUCGCCACAUGCAAGUAGGCCAGGCGGUCUUGGAUAGGGUAAUCUCGUCCUACGCAUUGUCUGUCAAGGCAUUGAUUCAUGGACGUCAACACCAUGUUCAAAAGCCUACAACACAGUCGCAAAUGGACUCUACCGUCCUGAUUUUCAUGCAGACACCACAUGAAUUGGGUCUAAGCGAAGAUUUUCCGUUUGCGAGGGCGGAGGUAGAAAUGGUUGAGAAGUUAUGCCCGUCUCUCUCACUGCAUCCUAUCAUACUUCCCAAGCGCAGGGAUGAUGUCCUCAAGCACUUGAAGGGAUGCAAAAUAUUCCACUUUGCAGGCCAUGGGCAGUUACAUCGAAUGGAGCCUUCGCAAAGUCAUUUGUUUUUGGAUGAUUGGAGAACGGGCCCGCUGACGGUCAAAGAUCUACGCGAAAGUCGACUACACAAAAGUCCCCCGUUCCUCGCCUACCUCUCUGUAGGCUCGAUUUGGAAUAUCGAAGCAGCGAGUCUGUCUGACGAAUCGAUCCAUUUUGCCAACGCCUUUCAAUCAGCUGGCUUUAGACAUGUUAUUGGAACACUCUGGGAAGUUCCGGGCAAGCACUGUGUCGAUGUGGCAACGUGCUUCUACGAGACGCUGCGUGAGGAAGGGAUGACGGAUGCGGCGGUUAGCCGAGGACUUCAUAAAGCUCUUAGGAAGCUACGUGACGAAGGUGUUGAUGGUAACCAGGAUGUGAGAAACUCAAAAAAUGUUGUGGUGGAAGGUCGUGAAGGAUACUUGGCAGAUUUCUGGGUACCAUAUGUUCACUUUGGAGCAUAG